AUGUCAAGCUUCUUAUUGCGGCGGUCGACGACGAGCCUUGCACGCACCUCCGCUUUGUCCAUACGCGCUUCAACCCGCUCUAGCUUACGCAUAUCACGCCAGUCGUCUAUCCCGCCCUCCGUCUGGGCUGCGCAACGCCAACGAGGUCGAUAUUACUCUGACAAGAAGGAGCUCGGUAACGAAAAUGGCGCCGACAAGAAAUCGCCUCCGGAGAUAAAGAGUUCUUCCUCGCCGGGACCGACCGAUGGCGAAGCACCCAAGCCCCCCGAAUCUGGGAAGGAGGACAAGCCGCCUCUGCCCGAAGGAUGGGUUUACUUAAGCGAAAGCGAAUUCAACAUUCUGAAGACCAUGAUCGAGGAGGGGCCAAGCCUUCCCAACAUUCUUGGAGGCAAGGAAACAGAUCUUCGCGCCAUAGAAAGAAUGAGGAAGAAUGGAGUGCCCAAGGAACUGCAAGAAAUCAUCGCGAAGAAGCAGACCGGUUCUUUUACCUUAUCCGAUGCCGGCAAAGCCUUGAAGGCUAUCAACAAGCUGGCCAGCAGAGACGCUAAUGAAGAUGCCUCCAAUUUCAAUAGCAAGUGGUUCAACGGGAACUCUCCUCAGGAAGGUCAAGAUCACGACGGCAAGAAAGGACCUAAUGAGCAGAAAGCAUCCGAGGACACGAGCAAGGAGGAUGCUCAGACCAAAAAGUCAGAGUCCCAAAAAACACCCCCGCCACCACCUCCACCAGGCGGGGGCAAGGAAAGCGACUGGAUAACAACCGUCGUUGGAUCGGCCAUAGCUUACUGGAUUUACACGUCGAUAUUUGACGAAGGCUCGCGAGAGAUUACUUGGCAGGAAUUGCGCACCAACUUCCUAGACAAGGGCUUAGUCGACAAGUUGGUUGUCAUCGGCCGCCGCGUGAGAGUAGACUUGAACCGCGAAGCCACCCAGUCCAUGUACCCUGACAACGUUGCCGCCAAAGCCGGGUUCCACUACUAUUUUUCUAUUGGCUCCGUUGAGGCCUUUGAAAAGCGCCUAGACGAAGCCCAGCAGGAACUGGGCAUCCCACCGUCAGAGAGAAUACCCGUCAGCUAUCAAGGCGAGAGUUCUUUCAUGAGCUUGCUCAUCGGUUUCGGACCCACCCUGCUCCUCGUCGGUCUGCUAUUCUGGAUGUCGAAACGUGGACCUGGGGGUGGUGGCGGCAGUGGCAUGUUUGGCUUUGGCAAGAGCAAGGCGAAGCGCUUCAGCCACGAGUCGGCCGUCAAAACCAAGUUUUCUGAUGUGGCAGGCAUGGAUGAGGCCAAGGUCGAGAUCAUGGAGUUUGUGAGCUUCCUGCAGAAGCCCGAACGGUUUCAGAGACUGGGCGCAAAGAUUCCACGCGGUGCUAUUCUUUCCGGACCCCCGGGAACGGGCAAGACACUUCUGGCUAAGGCAACUGCCGGUGAAUCCGGGGUUCCUUUCUUCAGCGUAAGCGGUUCCGAGUUCGUGGAGAUGUUCGUUGGUGUAGGUGCUUCCCGAGUUCGAGACCUCUUCGCCACGGCGCGAAAGAGCGCUCCCUGUAUUAUUUUCAUCGAUGAAAUCGAUGCUAUCGGCAAAAAGCGUGACGGCGCCGGCAGAUUUAGCGGCAACGACGAACGCGAAGCGACGCUCAACCAGAUCCUUACGGAGAUGGACGGCUUCAACACCAGCGAGCAAGUCAUUGUCCUUGCGGGCACCAAUAGACCAGAUACAUUAGACCAGGCCUUGAUGCGUCCAGGCCGUUUCGAUAGGCACAUCAAUAUCGAUCGGCCUACCAUGUCGGGCAGACAGGAUAUCUUCAAGGUAUACUUGAAGCGCGUUGUGACGAACGAGGAUAUGGAGUACUUGAGUGGCAGAUUGGCAGCUUUGACACCUGGCUUCGCAGGCGCUGACAUUGCCAAUUGCGUCAAUGAAGCUGCAUUAGUCGCCGCCCGCGCAAAUGCUGCUACCAUUGAGUUGAUCCACUUCGAGCAAGCCAUCGAGCGUGUCAUUGGUGGCCUGGAGCGCAAGUCGCUUGUGCUUAGCCCGGAGGAGAAGAAGACGGUAGCCUACCACGAAGCCGGCCAUGCCAUCUGCGGCUGGUUUUUCCAAUGGGCCGAUCCUCUUCUGAAGGUUUCCAUCAUUCCCCGUGGGCAGGGCGCUCUUGGAUAUGCGCAGUAUGCACCGGGUGAUGUCUAUCUUAUGACAUACAGACAACUCCUGGAUCGUAUGGCCAUGACUCUGGGUGGUCGCAUUUCCGAAGAACUUCACUUUCCCACCGUCACCACCGGCGCUAGUGACGAUUUCAAGAAGGUAACUCGAAUGGCGACAGCCAUGGUAACGGAAUGGGGCAUGUCAGAAAAGAUGGGCCCUCUGCACUUCCAAAAAGACGACAACCAGAUCGUCAAGCCGUUUGCCGAGGCGACCGGGCAGAUGAUUGACGCAGAAGUGCGACGGAUUAUCGACCAAGCGUACAAGCAGUGCAAAGACCUCCUCAUAGAGAAGAAGAAGGAAGUGGGCCUCGUAGCGGAAGAACUAUUGACCAAAGAGGUCUUGACUCGAGACGACUUGGUCCGCAUACUCGGCCCUAGACCGUUCGACGACAAGGAGUCGUUCUCCAAGUACUUUAGCGGUGAAAACGCCGCGCCCGGUGAGUCGAGCGACCCUCCUCCGCCGGCGUCGCCAUCCGGCGGCCUUGACCAACCUCCGAUUCCUCCACAGCCUGCGAUUUUCCGCGAGGUCAAGGGUGACUCGUUGAGGUGA